CCCUGCAGUGGCUGUAACAAAACCCAGACCCCCGGGUCCCGGCCAAUGGAGGCGAUUUAGACUGGAGCAGGACCCCGUCUGUCAAAAGCCGGACUCGGCAGCCACAGUCCAGUCCAGAAGGAGAGCUGGAGGCGACGCACUGCCUCCCCGCCCCCGCCGGGAUUUAUUGAGUAUUUGGACUGGACAAUUAAGUGGCCCUGAUGAUGUUACCAAGCCCGGUCACCUCCACCCCUUUCUCAGUCAAAGACAUUCUGAACCUGGAGCAGCAGCAGCAGCAGCAGCACUUCCACGGCACGCACUUGCAGGCGGACUUGGAACACCACUUCCACUCCGCACCCUGCAUGCUGGCCGCGGCCGAAGGGACGCAGUUUUCGGACGGAGCGGAGGAGGAAGAGGAGGAGGAUGGCGAGAAAUUGUCCUAUUUGAACUCACUAGCCGCAGCAGCCGAAGGCCAUGGCGAUUCAGGACUCUGUCCCCAAAGCUAUGUCCACACGGUCCUUCGAGACGCGUGCAGUGGGCCCAAGGAACAUGAAGAAGAGUCCGAGGUCGUGAGGGACCGGAGCCAAAAGGGCUGCCAACUGAAGAAGCCUCUGGAGGCGGCCGGGGACUGCAAGGCGGCAGACGAGGGCGACAGGCCGAAGCCGCGCAGCCGCCGGAAACCCCGGGUGCUCUUCUCGCAAGCGCAGGUCUUCGAGCUGGAGCGCAGGUUCAAGCAGCAACGGUACCUGUCGGCGCCUGAGCGCGAGCACCUCGCCAGCAGCCUGAAGCUCACGUCCACGCAGGUGAAGAUCUGGUUCCAGAAUCGCAGGUACAAGUGCAAGAGGCAGCGGCAGGACAAGUCCCUGGAGUUGGGCGCGCACGCGCCCCCACCGCCGCCGCGCCGCGUGGCCGUGCCGGUGCUGGUGCGGGACGGCAAGCCGUGCGUCACCCCCGGCGCUCAGGCCUACGGAGCCCCCUACGGCGUGGGCGCCCAAGCCUACUCCUACAACAGCUUCCCAGCCUACGGCUACGGCAACUCGGCCGCCGCCGCCGCUGCUGCCGCCGCCGCCGCCGCCGCCGCGGCGGCGGCCUACAGCGGCAGCUACGGCUGCGCGUACCCGGCGGGCGGCGGCGGCGGCGGCGGGGCCUCCGCGGCGGCCACGGCGAUACAGCCCGCCUGCAGCGCGGCCGGCGGCGGCCCCUUUGUGAACGUGAGCGGCCUGGGCGGCUUCGGCGGCGGCGGCGGCGGCGGCGGCGCGCAGCCUUUGCACCAGGGAGCCGCGGCCGGGGCGGCGUGCCCGCAGGGCACCUUGCAGGGCAUCCGGGCCUGGUAGGGCCUGGGCGGGCGCCUCGCCGCAGCCCGGAGCCGCGAGACUGAAGUUCGAGGAAGGACGGAUCCAAGGACCAGGUCCUCUCGUUAAAAAUAAAUAAAUAAAAACAUUAAAAAGGAAAAAAUGUACACAGGACUAGUACCCCAGAGGUGAGGAGCGCAGCUCCAAGAGGCCUGGGGCUCAGGGCGAGGAGGAUGCAGGGCCCGGUGGCCGAGACUUGUCUUCUCUUGUCUUCUCGACAGAACCACUGGCUGGGUGUGCGGAGGUCUGCUGCCCCGCGCAUUGCCCAGCGGGUAGUACGGGCUGCCUCUCACUUCUCCCAGAGCGGGAAGGACUCCUCUCCCCGGGCCUUUCCGCAACCUCCGCGAAGCGCUGGCAAUGCACCCAAGGACAACAUUCUUUUUAAAAGCAUGAAGGAGAGAGUCUGCAAGCUCCACGGACCCUCUGUCCCCUUUGCGCGCCUAGGGGGAGACUCCCUCAGGGGUUUUUCCUCCGCCCACCCCCUCGCCCUCUGAGGUAGACAACGAGGCGGCAUCGCGGCUGUCAGGGGGUGCGGGACUCAGAAAAACCAGCGAAGCGAUACCAGAAAUUGUGGGGGGGGGGGUAAACAAAUCCGGGAUCUGGUGGCCCAAGGGAGGUGUUACCCGGUUUUCUUUCUGUUUUCCUAUCUGUACUCAGCACAUAUAAUAUAUAUCACUGUAUCCACACGCCGUGUACACACCCGCUGCCAUGCACUACAGGAGUCAAUAAACAAGGUGCAAUAUUUCCAAACUCUAGGCCUCGACAGAUUU